GCGCAGCGCUAGUGUCGCGCCAACCGCCGCCGUCAUCGCACGGUUUGAAUUGUUAUCGACGCACCGUAUUAUCUUCACUCAAUACUUUUCACGCAAAACGAUUCGAUAUAAUGACAAUUUGUGAAGUGAGAUAUAAGUGUGUGAUAUUAAAAUAAGUGAUUUAAGUGCAAUUUUCAAGUUUUCUCGUGAUUUUGUUAAAGAAAUCUCGCAGCAAUAAUUUUAACGGAACCUAUCGUGUUGGAUUAUUUCUGUUCUUCGGUAGUUGCGAUGCAGUGGUGACCCCGGCGUGAUGAUGAGGCUCGAGGCUCCAGAGAAGCAGCACCGCUACCACAACCUCCUCGAUGACGACCACGCCAAUGAGAUGUUAGAAGGGGAGGGGGCGGGUCUGGCGGCGCGAGUAGCUGAACUUGAGGUCCGGUGCGCACGGCAGGCCGAGGAGUUACUGUGUUUGCGCUCCACGCUAGCAGACGCAUUGCGCCGGCUGAACGCACUCGAGGGCAGAGCGCCCGCACCUGCGCCUACACACAGGAACGGUGCUUAUUCAGGGUCGACGGGCACGCCGACACGGGAGGUCCGGUUAAGACAGCCCUCCUACAGAGAGACUGCCAAGAGGACCUCCAGCUACGGCUCCAGUGCCUCUUCACUACCACAGAGACGCGGCCCACAGCACCAGUCGACAGGGUCGCUGCAGUCAGACUCCCCUGCCUCGUCCUCCUCACUCUCCCCCGCGCCCUCACCCUCGCCGCGUGCCACCCCCGCGCCGCACCUCGCGCCACACCCGCCACAGACGUACAGAUCCCGUAAUAACUCGACAUCGAGCAACCAGAGUGCAUCAGCCGCCAACACCCUCACUAAGAGAUGGAACUCGACGGGAGAUUUCAAUGCUCAAGGUCUUUUACCCAGUAGCAGAUUUACAACAACAAAAUCCUUGCUAAAUUUAUAUUCUAAGCCGUCGCAAAAUGGACCCAUAUUGAAACAUGGUACCCAUACAUGUCAAUACAAUGAGGAGGAAGGGUCCAUGCGUAUGUUCCUUCGCGGCCGACCCGUCGUGCUGUACGGGCCCUCCGACCACGAAGGCCUGGACCCAGCUAAGGUCGCACCGCCACCACAGAGCAAGCUUAAAUUAGAAUGGGUAUAUGGUUACAGAGGCAAGGAUUGUCGCAGCAACCUAUACCUGCUCCCUACGGGGGAGAUUGUAUACUUCGUGGCGGCGGUGGUUGUGCUGAUGAACGUGGAGGAACAGUGCCAGCGGCAUUACACCGGACAUACUGAUGACGUCAAGUGUCUUGCUAUACAUCCCAACAAGCUCAUUGUGGCUAGUGGACAGUGUGCUGGACACGAUAGGGUCGAUGCCAGGCCGCAUGUCCGCGUGUGGAACUCGGUGUCGCUGGCCACGCUGGCGGUGCUGGGCGGCGGGCAGCUGCAGCGCGGCGUGGCGGGGCUCGCCUUCUCGCGGGCGGACGGCGCGCUGCUCGCGGCGCUGGACGAGGCGCCCGACCACACCAUCGCCGUGUGGGACUGGCAGCGCCCGGACAAGCACUGCCUCGCUGAGACCAAGUGCUCGGUGGACACCGUGGUAGCGGUGGAGUUCCACCCGCUAGACCGCAACCAGAUCGUGACGUGCGGGAAGAACCACAUCGCCUUUUGGACCCUGGACCAGACCAACAUGCUGUACAAGCGCAUGGGCGUCUUUGAGGGACGGGAUAAACCGAAAUACGUCACUUGCCUGGCAUUUAAUCCUAACGGCGACGUGCUGUCCGGGGACUCGAACGGGAACAUAAUAGUGUGGGGGCGCGGCACCAACACGAUCGUGAAGCUGGUGCGCGGCGUGCACGAGGGGCCGGUGUUCGCGCUGUGCUGCCUCAAGGACGGCGGCGCGGUGUCGGGCGGCGGCAAGGACGGCCGCCUCGUCAGCUUCGACUCGGAGAUGAACGCCACCGGCGUCGAGAACGUGAUCGAGGGCCACUACGGCGGCGUGCGCGUGGUGGCGGAGGGGCGCGGCAGCCAGCUGUACGUCGGCACCACGCGCAACUGCAUCCUGCACGGCGACCUGCAGCUCGGCUUCGCGCCCGCCGUGCUCGGUCACGUGGAGGAGCUGUGGGGUCUGGCGACGCAUCCCUCGCUGCCGCAGUUCGUGACUGCGGGCUGGGACCGCCUACUGCAGCUCUGGGAUGGCCUCAGCCACUCCACCGUCUGGAGUAAAGACAUCGAGGAGCGCGCACAGUGCUGCGCGUGGUCUCGCGACGGCGGCGCGGUGGCGGUGGGCUGCCUGUCCGGCCGCUGGUUGGUCUUCGACCCUCACUCCAGGGAGUUGCUCGCUUCACAUCAUGACGGGUCGGAGCCGAUCCAGACGAUCCAGUACUCGCCCAACAACGAGCUGGUGGCGCUCGGCUCCAGAGACAACUUCAUCUACGUGUACCAGGUGCAGGACGGCGCGCGCUACGCCCGCCUCGGCAAGUGCCUGGGUCAUUCAAGUUACAUAACGCAUUUGGACUGGUCUGAGGACAGCCAGUACAUAAGGAGUAACUCCGGAGAUUAUGAAUUAUUGUUCUGGAACGCGACAACAUGCCGUCAGAUUACAAACCCGACGUCGAUGCGCGACGUGAGGUGGGCCUCCGCCAGCUGCCCCAUCACCUUCAGCACGCUGGGCGUGUGGCCCGACUCCGCCGACGGCACCGACAUCAACUCCUGCACCAGGUACGCCUGCCUUCAGUCCACUUUAUACACCUUGCACAAAACUAUCGCACAACUAAAAAUUCAGUAGUGUGAGCCGUGCUAUA